AUGCAAAAAAGUAUUAUAGCAAUUAUAGGUACAACAGGCGUUGGUAAAACUGACUUGGGAAUUCAAUUAGCAAAAACUUUACAAGGAGAAAUUAUUAAUGGUGAUUCAAUGCAGGUUUAUAAAGGACCGGAUAUUAUUACAAAUAAAAUUCCACUGAAUGAACGAGAAGAAAUACCACAUCACCUUAUGGAUUUUUUGGAUCCACAUAAGGAAUAUCGAGUUACUGAUUUUACAAAAGAUGCACUUCGAACUAUUAAAGAAAUUCAUAAUCGUCAACGAAUUCCAAUUAUCGUAGGUGGUACAAAUUAUUACAUACAAUCUUUACUUUGGAGGGAUUCUCUUAUCGAAGGAGAUUCAUUUAAUGCAAAUGAUAAAGAGAGUAAUAUUGACGAGGAGAUUUUGGAUGCAAAGCCUGAAGUUGUUUACAAACGAUUACAGGAAGUAGAUCCAGUAAUGGCAAGUAAGUGGCACCAGAAUGAUACUAGGAGAGUUAGGAGAAGUUUACAGAUAUACAUGGAAACAGGAAAACCACAUAGUCAAUGGAUUAAAGAACAAAAUGAUCCAAAAGAAAAGGCCUCAUCAUUAAGAUUUUCACGUACUUGCAUUUUUUGGUUAUAUUCUGACUUGGAAGUUCUUGAUCAUAGACUUAAUUCAAGGAUCGAUAAAAUGAUUAAGAGUGGACUUUUUGAGGAAAUAAAUUAUUUAAGAAAUAGUGUUAAAACUGGAAAAAUACAAACUCCAUUGGGAAAUAAAGAAGAUUUUACACGUGGAAUUUGGCAAGCCAUAGGAUAUAAAGAAUUUGAUCCAUAUUUAACAGCUGUCGAAGAGUCUAAUGAUGCGUCAUAUUUAGAUGCGUUAAAAACGCAAGGUAUUGAAUCUAUGAAGGCAGCAACACAUAGAUAUGCAAGGACUCAAAUUAGAUGGAUAAGAAAUAAAUUAUUAUAUAAAUGUCAACAAGAAUCAUUAAAUAACAGAAAUGAAGAACAUUCUGGAAAUAUUAGGAUAUAUUUAUUGGAUGCAACUUCUUUAGAAACUUGGAAUCAAGAAGUUCGAGAUAAAUCAAUUGCAAUUGCUAAAGAAUUUCUUGAAAAUGGAAUAGGACCUAAUCCAACUUCAGUAAAUUUACGAGCAAAAGAACUUUUGAAAUCAAAAAAGGAUAUGAA